UUUUGUGUCAGUUGUGAACAUUUAACGCUGUUUUUGGAAAAUAUCGCUGGUAUGCGCUGCGCAACAUCUGUGACUGUUUUUAUGUCUCCAUGCCAGUGCGAGAAACAGUCACUUUUGCAGAAGUGAAGUGUGAGCGGAGCUGAGAUUCUGUAAAAGAAAGAGGCAAGUGGGUGAAAACUGCGAACGAGCACUGAGGAAGAACAGUUAAGAACCAUGGUGAAGUUUCACAACUCGGACCUAUGGAUAGCCUGGAUGGUCAUUUUCUGCAUGGAGGGUUCAAGGUUUGAUCCACACACAGGAAGAGUGUGUGUGCAGGCGUUAGAUGUGACCGUGUCCCAAAGCAGUAUCCAGGUGGCCCGUGGCCAAGCAGCCAUCCUGCCGUGCUCCUUCACCACCAGCGCUGCCCUCACCAACCUCAACAUCAUCUGGAUGGUCAUACCGCUGUCCAAUGCCAACCAGCCAGAACAGUCAAAACAGGUGAUCAUUUACCAGGGCGGUCAGGUAUUCAGUCUCGCCAACCACCUCAAUGGUCGUGUGGGCUUCGUGGCCACUAUGCCAAGUACAAGUGCCUCCAUCUUCAUCAACAACACCCAGCUGUCCGACACUGGGACCUACCAGUGCCUGGUCAACAACCUCCCAGACAGAGGGGGGCGUAACAUUGGUGUCAUAGGGCUCACCGUACUGGUGCCCCCCUCUGUGCCAGCAUGUCGAAUCCAGGGCACGCUGGAUGUGGGCAGUGACAUCAUGCUGAUUUGCAGCUCAGAGGAAGGUAUUCCCACGCCGUCCUACUCCUGGGAGAAGCUGGACGCGCUUCCCAAGCUGCCUCACAACGCCAUGCAAGGUAUUAAACACAAGCUGGCCGUCGGAGUGCCCUUUUGCCCCACCUUCGCUGACCAGAUGCAGGGUACUGUUACACUGAGAAACAUCAGCACCAGCACCUCAGGACUCUACCAGUGUACCUCCAGCAACGCUAUUGGCAAGAGCACAUGUUUGCUCAAUCUGCAGGUUGUAGCUCCUCAGCCUCAGAGUGUGGGUCUGAUAGCGGGCACCAUUGCUACAGGAGUCCUCGCUGUCAUCAUUUGUUCCCUGUUAGUGGUGGUCACGCUCUUCUACUGGAAGAACAAGAACAAAUACGAUGAGGAGGAGAUUCCCAAUGAGAUCAGAGAAGAUGAUCUUCCUCCAAAGAGAUCUUCAUCAGUGAAGGCUUUCCAUGCAGAUGCCUCCUCUUCAGAGAAUGACACUCUGACAUCCACCAACACCUACAACAGUCGCUACUGGCACAACCCAAAGCCCAACUAUGACACCAACUCCUACACACGUUACAAUGGAGACACUCGCCAGACCUUCUCCGCUGCUGCCCAUGGAGCACAUGGACACGGACAGGCCCAGAACACAGCACACAGCCACAGUUCAGUGGUCACAGCCCCAGGCUCAGCACCACUUUCCCGCCAUGCACAGCCCACAGCGCCAACACCCACGGCAUUUGCCAACGGCAGCCACACACUCCCACCACCUAAGACUCUGGUGGUCACAACAAACUCUGCCCCGUCCCCUCCCACCAUGGUGCGCAGCAACGGCUCUGUGAGCCUUAAGCCGGUGGUGACAUCCACACACGGCCAGCACACACACUCAUAUGCGGUGAGCCAGGCCACGCUGGAGAGGAUGGGGGCAGUGCCUGUAAUGGUUCCUGCCCAGAGCAGAGCAGGCUCACUGGUCUGAGGUCUGAUCGCUAAACUGGUUGUUUUGCAAACAAGACUAUGAGUGUUUGGUUGUGAUUUGAAAUUCAUGAUGAAAAACACAAGAGAACAAAUAUGGGCUGAAGCAGCCCGCCACCCUUUACAACUGUGUCUUUCUCUAAGUCUCGACCUUUUUAACUCUAAAUAAAGUGGGAUUUUACAUUGCAGAGUUCAUUUAAUGCCAAUUCCUUGCUGGACAGGACCCUCCUUUUUGUAAAGAAGUACUAAAUGAAAUCUGAUCGUCCCCUAUUUGAAUGGAUUUUCCUGUGAAAGCAGAUUUUCAGAGACUUGGAUGAUGUCACAACGCUGGAUUGAAUUUUCCUGCACAACCUGGAUUCCCAGAUCUUAUUUCAGGGCUGGAUCAUUGUGAUGAUUGUUUUUCUUCUUUCUUUUUCUUUUGAACUCAAAGCAACAUAAAAAGUUUCCUUUCAAUGUAUCCACACUGCAUGGUCAGACCGCAGGGAGCUUGGAUAUCCACAAAAAUGCAUGUGUCCCUUAUUUUAGGAUAACAACUGGGUAUAAUUGUCAUUAUUGGUAUUAUUUCAAAUGAUUUCUUUUCAAAGUUUUAUUUUGAUUGACGCUAAUAAUAAUAAUCAUAAUGGAUUUGCAUUGAAAAGUGAAUGUUCAACCAUCUGUUGGGGGUGACCUAAAGGAAAAAUGCAUAAGAAUGAAUAAUGUUGGUAAAAUGGCCUUAGACGCUUAGAGUGGAGGGAUUUAACAGGUGCAAUACAGCAGAUAAUAUACUUCAUUUAACUGAAUGCAAACAUUUUAAUUGAGUUUCUGCACUUUUCAAGCAACAAACUGUUGUUUUUGAUAACUUUUACUCUUGUCUUACGAGUGAUACGCUUUAUCCACACAACACGAACAAAAGGCCCCUGUGUAAGUAGUAAACCAGGGGAACAUGACAAACACAGGCAUAAGAUAAUACAAAGUGCUGGAUUUCAGGAUUAAAACACGUUUCAUAUUAAGAAGUUAACAUCCCAGUGGUUUAAACUUGAACCUGCAGACCGAUACAGGUGUGUGUUUGUAGUCUUCGCUGUCUUUAUUUUUGCUGUUGCCCUUUAUGGUUCCUCUCACAUUAGCGCUGCUUGGAAAAGGGCACGAGUAAAGGAUGUCUGAUUUCAUAAUUUCUUUUUAAAGAGACAAAUAUAUAUUUAGUCAAUUCUUCCCCUCAAAAAUGCCAACACCUACUGUUUUCUGCUGUACAUAUUGUAACAAAACAAUAGGCUAGAUUGUGGAUCAGAGAAAUACAUGUCUGACUGAUAUAUAUUUUGCAGCUCGAUUUUCUAAAAUGUUUCUUUUUUGUUACGUUUGAUGACAAGCUGGGUUUGACUAUUUUUUUUUUUUAAUAUAUAUUUUAAUUUAACAAUUAGCCAUUUCAUUUAUUGCCAGGUCUGAGCAAAAUACAGUAUGGUGUAACACUAACAGACGUAUAUUUUAGUACAAUUAGCACACACUAUGCUCUACGUGUUAGAAAGUAUCACUGUGUAUUUCUAUUUUAACCAGAUCUCACCUGUUGAGAAACACAGCUGUUAGCGGUGUUAUCAAAGUGAGCAACUGUUAUUUCGUACUGUGCAUCGUUGAAUGCACAAAAACUAAUAACUCCUUGUAUCUAUGAUGCAAUAUUUGAUAAAGUAAAUAUUUAUGUUUUACAUGCAGUAUUGGAAGUGUUAUCAUUCAAUUUAUUAUUUUAUUAUUUUCUCAUAGUCAUUCUGAGGGGAAACGAGUUUGUAUUAACAUCACGGAAAGGUGCUCCGACAUUAACCGCUACAGUUUUAUGUUCUAUAUUCUAGUCAGUGUGGGACACAUAAAAAGAUGAAGUUAAAAUGAUUAGAAAACUAGAAAUACUGACAGUUAGAUUAGACUGGUAUUGAAUUAAUAACUUGGCCUGGAAACAUACAUUAACAGAAUAGUCUCUUGACAAACAUUUGAUCAUGAAAAGAAAAUGAUUGUAGCCGAUGUAUUGUGUUACUUAUAUCAUCCCUGAAUUCACCCAAGGCAGAUGGAGUAUCAAGCAGUCUUAAGAAGUCGUAAUCAUCGCAGACAGAUUGUUGUCAGUGAUACAGAUCAAAAAGCAAUUUUCAUUUCCUCUCAAUUUUUGCCUGGAAGUGUUUUUUUUUUUUUUCUUCUUUUUUUAUGAUUCUUUAAGUUUAGAUUUUGCUGCCGUGAAUACAGAGUUCUUAAAACGGGUCAAAUGUACCAGUGUUUUCAAGAUGGAGUCCUCUGUGUCGAACCCACCAUCAGCAUAAGUUCCAAACUAUGCUGCAAAGGUUUCUGGUCUUUAUCUCUUCGAAGCUGUCAACUGAGAUUAUUAUUUUACCCUGAUUCUUUUUUUAAUUUUUUUUUUGUUUUUCCAUUUUCAAGAGAGCACCAUCAGUAGAAAACUACCAAUGUUUUAUCCCAAAUUAAAUGAACAUCUCAUCUUUGACCUUUGCUAUAAGUUGGCAUAUGCUAAACAAGGUGGUGUAUGGUUGUGUAUAUAGAUACAUAAAGACAUGUGAUAUAUUGCCAAUAGUAAAUUCCAAUUUGUAAAUAUGUAAAAAGAAAAAAAAAAAAAACAUACAUCAUGUUCUUACUGUUGGGUUGAAAUGAAUUAGGAAAAAUAACACUGGAACUUGUAGUGAAUAAAUAUUGUUAAUACAUUCUA